GAACGCGCAUCGCGCGCUCUAGAGUUAAUGAGCGCGCCUCGCCUCUUUCGCCAGACGGAUGUAACUUUAAAAAUGACGCUGAUCUCAGCGAGCGAUAAACGCGUCAGACGGACUGAAUGAAACAUGAAGGACCGCACGCAGGAGCUCAGACAUGGAAAAGACCCAGAAGAGGAGGAUGAGGUUGCUGUCGGCAUUGAGAAGGGUUUCAUGGACGAGUUCUUUGAGCAGGUGGAGGAGAUUCGAGGGUUCAUUGGCUCUCUGACAGAGAAAGUAGAAGAAGUGAAAAGAAACCACAGCGCCAUCCUGGCCUCUCCAAACCCAGAUGAGAAAACGAAAGCAGAGUUGGAGGAGUUGAUGACAGAUAUCAAGAACUUGGCCAAUAAAGUGCGCUCCAAGUUAAAGAAUAUCCAGCGGACCAUAGAGCAGGAGGAGGCAUUAAAGAGUGAACACCCGUCAGCUGAUCUGAGGAUACGGAAAACACAGCACUCCACCUUGUCACGUAAAUUUGUGGAGGUGAUGUCUGAAUAUAAUGCAACACAAUCAGAUUACAGGGAACGCUGUAAAAGACGGAUACAGAGACAGCUGGAGAUUACGGGAAGAAAUACAACAAAUGAAGAGUUGGAGAGUGUGUUAGAAAGUGACAACCCCAUCUUCUCUUCAGGGAUCAUCAUGGACUGCAACAUCACUGAACAGGCCAUGAAUGAGAUUGAGACGCGACACAGUGAAAUCAUCAAAUUGGAGAACAACAUCCGUGAGCUGCAUGAUAUGUUCACGGAUAUGGCCAUGCUGGUAGAAAGCCAGGGAGAGUUAAUAAACAAUAUAGAGAAGAAUGUCUGCAAUGCUCAGGAAUAUGUGGAAAAGGCCAAAGAGGAAACCAAAGCAGCUGUCAAAGUCCAGAAGACUAGCAGGACGAAGUUGAUCCUGAUAGGCAGCUGUGUGUCCGUCUGCCUUCUCAUCCUCAUCAUCUCUCUAGCCAUUGGAUUGACCUAACCAAGACACCUCACCUGUGUAGUGCUCAGACAUUACUGACAGGCAGAAACUCAGGACCAUCUGUUUUCAUCUUCUCUUAUUUGUGAUAUAGCCAAUAGUUUCAAGAGAUUUUGUUAAAAACAAAGACACAGACAUGCUGGGAAAUAACGUACAGAUUGAGUGUGUAAUAAGGUGAAAAAAGCUGGACUGUGAGAUGGGAUACGGUGUACAGUGCCUAGAAAAAGUAUUCACUUUCUGGGAAUCAUUUAUUACAGUAAUUAUAGCCAUAUCAAUCACGUGCAGUGAUUCUGUGUGAGUGUGUAGCUCUCUUUAUCGCUGCACAUCUGCCCACUGCUGUCGUCUUCAAGGUUAGUAACGAUCUCACUUUAGCUUUUUAUAUAAUAAAUAAUAAUCGCUUGCUUUCCCCAGAGAUGUUUUUGGUGCUCCAUACAUACUACUGAGGGUGAAUACUGUUUAUAGGCACUAUUUAUCUCCCAACCUCUGUUUGUGUUGUGUUUCAUAUCACUGUGUCUGCUCCGCAUGCAUUAAGUGUGUUGUGGCGUGUUUGUAAUCCAUUGGGAAGAGAGCUGGGAUGAUGGAUCAACAGUGUCACACACUUGCUACACUCCUUACAUUCAAAACGAUGCCGUCGUGGAGAGCAGCUGCUGCUUUCUCUAAUCUCUGACAUUAGUCAGCACAUAUUAUAACUGCAUUACAUCAGCAUAUAAGCUGUGUGAUGAUGUCCCAUUAUCUGUCAUAAAUGAAUCAAAAACCCCAACAUUAAACUCAAACUGCUCUCCACGAAUCUUUAAAUAUGCAAUGAAAUAUCUGCCUGGGUCUUUACAGUAACUUUUCUUUUCUACUUUUCAUGCUGCCUGGAACACCAUUAUUUUCUUGACCUUCCAAAUACAGAAGAAAAUCAUGAUUAUUAUCUCUUGUGUGCUGCUUGCAGUCAUAGUUGCUUUCAUCAUUGGUGGUGUGUUGGCCUGAAUGACACACACCGAGCACGAUGUGUUUGGACCGGAUAAUAAAGACACUGGUUCUGCAAUGUGUUAUAGCUGGAACACACUACAAGAUCUGAUAGUUGAAAACAUUUUUUUAAAAUACAAAGUUAAAAGCACAGGUGUCCCUGAACAAAACUCAAUGUGUUGCCUGUCACUGUGAUACUUUGAGGACUUGUGAAGGAAACAUAUUCUCUCAAUCCACAAUGACAAACAGAAAGAUGUCCAGUUAUCAUUAAUAAACCACUAGUCUUUGAAAUGCAAAGAAAGAUUUGUGUUUGUUUUAUUCUGUGAAAAAUAACUUGUAAUUGUUGCAUUUUUCAGAAAUAAAGUAUAAAUAAAGUAUAAUCUUCGACGUUGUGUCGAUGUAGUGACACUAGGGGUCGCACUUGAGAGCCUCAAACACCUCUGAUACUUCAGAAAAGACCAGUGAGAUUUGGGCUCGCACCACUCAUUCAGAUUUGUUUUUUUAUAGAUGCCCUCAAUUAAUUUCAUAAUUAAUUUCAUAAAUGACCUUUAUCUGACCGAGUCUUUCUGUGCUCUAAAUCACUCACAAAUCUUUUGACAGCUUGAUAAUCUCUAUUCUUUAUAUAAUAUUUUGUUUUUUUGUUUUUCAUGCCUUUUGCAAGACAUUGCACAAUUUCAUGCUUUUCAUCUUCAGUAAGAUCUUUCUUCCUCCCCAUAUUGCAAGAGAACUGUGACUUGCUUAAUAAUGUGGAACAGCCUCUUCGACUAGGGUUUGCAUUUACUUAAGAAGACCUGACAAACUAUUAAAAGUCCCCCUGUAGUCAGUAAUUUUAUCCCUUAAAACUCAUCUUUGAUCACCAAAAUGACAUAUUUAAAUGUUUUCUUUCCUGUGAAUGAAUUCUUUAAGCCUUAAAAUAGCUUGAAUGUAACUCUACACCCUUGCCUCAUUUAAUAUACUCGGAUCAAUGAAUAUGCGAAUUAGCCCCGCCUCCACUCGCUCACGCCAGCUCAGAGAUCCACUCGGUCAACUUACUGAGGUAAACACUCACAAUGGUAUCGCUCUUUACAGCAUUGUUGCUAACAAACCAUGUUCCUGUUCUUCAUCUCAGAGUCAGACAGCUGUCUUCUAACAAUCAUCAUCCUUACAAACACUUCGAACAACUCAGAACGUCAGUGGAGAAAGACAUCGUAAUAUACAUCAUACACCCGCUAUAUUGCUAAAUCUAUGCAAUUUUCAUAUCA